AUGGCAUCACUCGAUGCAGUUGAUUCUUCACAAGAUCUUCUUGAUGCUCAAGCUCAUGUUUGGAACCACAUUUUGAGCUACAUAAACUCCAUGGCUCUAAGAGCUGCAGUUGAGCUACAGAUACCCGACGCCAUCCACAAACAUGGCAAACCUAUCACAAUUUCUCAACUAGCCGAAGCCCUCUGCAUCAACACCGCAAAAACUAAUGGCCUCUAUCGCCUCAUGCGAAUUCUAGUCCACUCCAACUUCUUCGACAAGGUCAUCAUCUCCGAGCAAGAGGAGAGAGAAGAAACUUAUUCUCUCACUAGGGCUUCACGUCUCUUGAUAAGAGAUGAACCACUGAGCCUUGUGCCUUUUGCACUUAUCCACACCGACCCGCUCCACAUUGUCCCGUUCCAUCAUAUGAGUGAAUGGUUUCGAGACGAAUGUCCCUCUCCAUUUUUCACCAAAAACGGGAUGGAUCUUUGGACGUUUGCAGUCGAAGAUGAGAAAUUGAAUCAAGGGUUUAAUGAGGCCAUGGCUUCUGAUGCACGUUUUGUGGGAAGCAUACUUGUUAGAGAAUGCAAGCAUGUUUUUGAGGGUUUGAAGACGAUGGUGGAUGUCGCAGGAGGCACAGGGGAGGUGGCCAAGGCCGUGGCUGGUGCGUUUCCCGGGCUAAAAUGUGUCGUGCUUGACCAGCCACAUGUUGUUUCUGGCUUGGAAGGAUCUGAGAAUGUGAGGUUUGUUGGUGGAGACAUGUUUGAGUUCAUUCCUCCCGCGGAUGCAGUUUUCCUCAAGUGGAUAUUGCACGACUGGGGCUACGAAGAUUGCGUAAAAAUACUGAGAAAAUGCAAAGAAGCAAUAGCUGAGAGUAAAUUCAAUGGUAAAAAGGUGAUUAUUGUGGACAUGGUUGUGGAUGAGGAGAAGCAAGCUCAUCUGUUCAUGGAUUUGCUUAUGAUGGCUAUGUGUCCAGGAAAAGAAAGAUCGGAGAAGGAACUGGGAAAGCUCUUUGCUGCAGCUGGCUUCAAAAAUUAUAAAAUAACUCCUGCUUUAGGAGUGAGAUCUAUAAUUGAGGUGUUUCCGUGA